CAAGGAAGUGAGGUCACACAAUAUGGCGGCGGCUGGGCCCUAGCUGCGCUGAGGGGAGGGGGAUCCGGGUGUCUCGGGGAAUCGGCGUCCAUCCUCCCCGGCGGGGCCUCGCCCUCGCCCCGGAACCGCUCCGGCGCCCAGAGACCGAGCCCAGGGCCGCCAUGGUGGCUGUCUUUCCACGGCGCUGAGUCCACGGUCCGAGACGCAGCUGGGUUGGGUCCUCCGAGCGAGCCCCCACCGCCGCCUCGAUGGAGCUGAGGGUCGGGAACCGGUACCGGCUUGGCCGGAAGAUCGGGAGCGGCUCUUUCGGGGAUAUUUACCUCGGUACUGACAUAGCAGCUGGAGAAGAGGUUGCCAUCAAGUUGGAAUGUGUGAAAACCAAACAUCCUCAACUUCAUAUAGAAAGUAAAAUUUACAAAAUGAUGCAAGGUGGAGUUGGUAUUCCCACAAUCAAAUGGUGUGGUGCUGAAGGUGACUACAAUGUCAUGGUGAUGGAAUUGUUGGGACCAAGCCUUGAAGAUCUCUUUAACUUCUGUUCAAGGAAAUUCAGUCUCAAGACAGUCCUUUUACUUGCUGACCAAAUGAUAAGUCGAAUAGAAUAUAUUCAUUCGAAGAACUUCAUCCACCGAGAUGUAAAGCCUGAUAAUUUCCUGAUGGGAUUAGGCAAGAAGGGCAACCUUGUCUACAUCAUAGAUUUUGGGCUGGCCAAGAAAUACCGGGAUGCUCGAACUCACCAGCACAUUCCAUAUCGUGAAAAUAAAAACUUGACAGGAACUGCCCGCUAUGCCUCCAUCAACACUCAUCUUGGGAUUGAACAAUCUCGCAGAGAUGACUUGGAGUCCUUGGGCUAUGUACUCAUGUAUUUUAACCUGGGCUCCCUCCCCUGGCAGGGACUAAAGGCAGCUACAAAAAGACAGAAAUAUGAACGCAUCAGUGAAAAGAAAAUGUCUACACCCAUUGAGGUUUUGUGUAAAGGAUACCCGUCUGAAUUUGCUACUUACCUGAAUUUCUGCCGCUCGUUGCGCUUUGACGAUAAACCAGAUUAUUCAUAUCUGAGACAAUUAUUCAGAAACCUCUUCCACAGACAAGGCUUCUCUUAUGACUAUGUCUUUGACUGGAACAUGCUUAAAUUUGGCGCAAGCCGUGGAGUUGAAGAUGUUGAGCGUGAACGGAGGAAGAGAGAAAGAAUGAGACACACACGAAAUCCUGCUGUUCGUGGAUUACCUUCCACUGCCUCUGGCAGGCUGAGAGGGACACAAGAUGUAGCUCCUCCUACCCCUCUUACCCCAACAUCACAUACAGCAAACACAUCUCCUCGGCCAGUGUCUGGAAUGGAGCGAGAACGGAAAGUGAGUAUGCGAUUGCACCGAGGGGCCCCUGUCAAUAUCUCCUCAUCUGAUCUAACAGGCAGACAAGAUACCUCGCGCAUGUCAACCUCGCAGAUUCCUGCUCUGGCAACGACCAGUGUGCUCCAGUCUGCUGUGCAUCGGUGAAACAGUGUUGCCAUUGAGAGGCAGAUAAUGCAUGGCUGAUCUCCUAUGUUACCAAUGGCUUUUACUAGCAAAUCUACCCCAAACUAGAGCAGAAGACAUAAUUACAACUGGAUCUCUCCUUGCCACUUACUGAGGAUACUUGCAGGAACACGGACAGAAUCCAGCAGCUGCCACUACAAGAGGCUUUGGCCAGAAACCUGAUAACCUUAUGUGAACUCUUGCAACAGGGCUGGAAAAGGAAGAGACGGUUUACAGCAUUAACCGCCUGUUAUUUAAUAGCCAUUUCAGUUCUCCCUCCACAGGCGGCAGCCUUUACCCCCUUUUUAUUGUUCUACUGUAACUGUAAAUCUUUUACUUCGUUUAAAAAAGUUUUGUAUUCAUUUUGCUAAGAUUAUGGGCUUAACUCUGUAAAGAAUUCAGUCUCGCCUUUUGUCUGAUUUGAAACCUAUAUAGAAAUGUGAACAAUCCUGAAAUUUACAGCAAAACACAAAAGACUUGAAAUUUAUUGUAAACUUAAGUCAGGCAGGGAAUGUGUAAAUUGAAUUAGAAUAGUCAGCUUUUAUUUUUCACUGUUACUUUUGUAUGGUCCCAUUCUACAGAAGAGGAGGAGAAAGGAUGUUCUCAAGGGUUGCUUUAAAAAAAAAUUAUUUUGCAUUUGACUGUCUCGUUUUUCCAUUUUUUUCCCUUUCAAUGAAAUCUUCAUGUAGUACAGAAACUUUUUUAAUGUUUUAGUCUCUAGGACUGUCCAGGAAAGAGCAGGAGAUAUUUUGAAGAAACACCAGUAGAGGUAAUAAAAAUCCUUCAUAGACUCUGAAGAUAAGAAAUCAAAGCUCUAAAUUUUAGCUUCAAAAUCUAUUCAGGAAGUUUUAAAUAUCGAAUGUACAAUAUCUGCUGUCCUUUGUUCAUGUGGAGGAGUUUAUGUGAGAGAUAGGAUCCAUAGUCUCAGUUUGGUUUUUGGCACAGAUGCCAAUGAAAUCUGCUCCCACUGCAGUGUGAGUAGUGUUGUAGUAGGUGUGCUUCUUUUGAGUAUGCCGAGAAUUGCAAGUGCUUAUAGCCUGCUGUGUUAUGCCAAGGUUCAGGGCUACAAAAUGUUCCUGCUGCAAGAUGCCAAGACUUGAGAUCAUUCAAGCUUGUUGAAUUCUUUAAUAUUAAUGUGUGCAAGUUUGGAACAGCUGGCCUUCAGCUGAAGAUACACUUAUGUAAUGGCCAAAACACUUACUUUAGCAAACAAGUGUGCCAGCUAUAGAUAUGGAAGAAUCUUUGUUUUUCCUGAGCAAUAUAUUUAUCCCUUUGUAACCUGGGAAAGUGGAAGGCAUGUGAAUCAUACCAAAUACCACUCAAAACAACAUCAGUCCCAUUUUGGGAGUGAAGAUGCAAUACAUAGAUGUGUUGUGUUGAUGCUUUUUAAUCAAGAAGCGUGAAAUUCUUGCCUCCUUGGAAACUUGGUGGCUAAUUUAACUCCAUGGUUUUCCUUUUUUGUUUGUUUAAUUGCAAGAUUUUCUUUUUUUUAAUCGUUCCAAAGGUUUGUCACUUCUUUUUUAGUUUUGUGGAUUUGAGGAUAUGAACAAUCUUGUCCUUUAAAAAAAAACAACCACGACAUUAACCAAGUGUUUAUUUAAAUUGAAGGUCUCAUUUGUUGCAGCCUAUGUUUGGGAGAGUGCAAUGGGAAUGUUUUUAAUGUUGGUCCAUGAAGAAUUUUGAAUAAUUGUAUCACUUGGUUACUAUAGAUGUUGGUUCUUCGGGCAUGUGCACUUCCAUUUUGUACAGUUCUUCACUUCCGUGUGCUUUCUUUGUAAAUACCUGUGGUCGAUGAUGUAAUGUUAGAGACUUACAAAGACAGCCUCUUCUUCUCUAUAUAUAUCUGGAACCUUCAAUAGCUGUACUAUACUUUAAAAGUUGACUGAUGCAAAUUUCUCAACUUGUACUUGGUUGUGGGCAGUCCUUGCCCUUCCAUUAUAGUUAAAUCCCACCAUCACCUACUGAAAAUAUAGUUAGAAUGUCUCUAUAAACCUGUGUACUGGUAACAGAUAUCUCAGAACACCUCAUUUGUAUUACCACUGUAUUUGUGUACUUUAAUAAUUGUGUAAAUAAAUUCAUAAGAACUUCUAA